AUGAUGGUUGCAUACGAGAACGGUUACACCACUGAUGAAUAUGUCUACCUGUUUCCAGGGCUUCGUUCGAAAGGCUACGAUGUCUUAAACAAAGAUGGGACAACUAGACCGCCAUGGGUUCAAGCGAGUGGACCGCAUGAAAAAGAUGAAGCUGCUAGAAAGGGAUUUAUGAAGACAAUUUUUAUUUGUGAUAUGCAUGGACAAGGCCAACAAGCUACGAAUUAUUCGGCGUUUAGUGAAGAGGUGAUUUCGAGAAUGAGGAAACCGCCGUACAACUGCGUCGAAGAAUGCGCCGAUGAAAUUUAUCAGAGCGCUGGGACCUAUGCUGGACAAUUGCAUGAUGCAGUUUAUGCGUAUGCAUCGGCAAUGAGCCGAAUAAUUAAGACAAGUCCGCAGAAUUACAAAAAUGGAACAUAUGUACUCGGAAAUUUUCAACAAAAUUUUACAGGAGUAUCCGGACCAAUAGCUAUCAAUAUUAAAGGAACACGGAAUCCAACGCUUUACGUUGUGACUCUCGACAGAAAUAGCACUCCGUUCAUCAUGGCUACUGUCACCGUCGAUAAUAUUGAUGGUUAUUUUAACAAAGCUUACACGGAUGAAGGAUCGGCUGUUUGGCAUUCGCGGACAAACCAUUUAAGACCGUCUGAUGAGCCUGUCUGUGGAUUUACUGGAUUGAACUGCAGAGAAAAUGUUUUCAUUGAAUAUCUCGGCUGGUUUAUUGCUGCAAUUGUUAUCGUAGCUUUUGCGAUUUUCGGAGCACUUGGCGCUAUAAUUUUCAGUAUUCGAACAAAACAAAUGGAAAUGGAACGGCAAAACGCCUUGUGGCAAAUACCAUUCAAUCAAAUGAGCCUCGCUUCAAAGGGCAAAACUGAUCAAAGUAUGCAUAGUUUAAGCAGUGGUCCCAGUACGAUUUCAUCGUCAAAAUCUGGGGUCUCAUUCGAAGCUGCUGAAAAAAGGCACUAUCUGUUCAUGACGAUACAACUUGAACGAGUUGCAGCUCGAAAGCACAAUGUUCGACCGAUAUUUGAUAAGCAUGAGUGUGCCGAAAUGAGACAGCUUCUUCAAGUCGAUCAUGCAAAUCUAAAUAAGUUCAUUGGAUUAUCGUUGGAUGGUCCCCAAUUAUUGUCGGUAUGGAGAUAUUGUUCUAGAGGAAGUCUGGCUGAUGUAAUUCGAAAAGCGACAAUCCAAAUGGACGGAUUCUUCAUUUAUUCAUUAAUGAAGGAUAUUGUCACUGGAAUCAGUUAUCUUCACAAUUCUCCAAUCGCUCAUCAUGGAAUGCUUACUUCCAAAAACUGCCUUUUGAGUGAUCGAUGGCAGAUGAAAAUAUCCGAGUUUGGAAUCAGAAAAUUUCGAAUUAAUGAUCAAUAUUCGAAAAACGAUUUUUUGUGGACAGCUCCUGAACAUUUGAGGAAUGAUAAUUUGGAUGGAAGCAAAGAAGGAGAUAUUUACAGUUUCGGAAUAAUUAGUGCUGAAUUGGUUACACGGAAAUCUGUUUUUGAUAUUGAAAACCGAAAAGAAGAUGCUGAAGAAUUGCUCUAUUUGAUCAAAAAGGGAGGAAUGAAGGCCCCACGUCCAGAUUUGGAAUUCGAAGAAGCCAUGGAAAUAAAUCCAGCAUUGCUUCACCUCAUUCGUGACUGUUGGACAGAGAGACCUUCCGAGAGGCCCACUAUUAGGGAAGUGUAUUCUCAGCUGAGAGGAAUGAACAACAACCGAAAUGACAAUCUGAUGGAUCACGUGUUCAAUGUGCUCGAAUCGUAUGCUUCUACUUUGGAAGACGAGGUGUCUGAGAGGAUGAAGGAAUUGGUUGAAGAGAAGAAAAAGUCCGACGUACUUUUAUAUCGAAUGCUCCCCAAACAAGUUGCCGAUAAACUGAAACUCGGACAAACGGUUGAGCCAGAAACAUUCGACAUGGUCACUUUGUUCUUCUCCGACGUCGUCAGCUUCACGACACUCGCUUCGAAGUGCACCCCGUUGCAAGUUGUCAAUCUGCUCAACGAUCUCUAUACGAUAUUCGACAGCAUCAUUGACCAACAUGAUGUCUAUAAGGUGGAGACAAUCGGAGACGGCUAUCUGUGUGUGUCCGGACUGCCCCAUCGGAAUGGCAAGGAGCAUGUCCGACACAUUGCCAGCAUGUCUCUGCUCUUUGUAGGAGCUCUUGACAACUUUCGAGUCCCUCAUCUUCCGACCGAACAAAUUCGAAUUCGUGUCGGAUUUCAUAGCGGUUCUGUGGUUGCCGGAGUUGUUGGACUGACGAUGCCGAGAUAUUGCUUAUUCGGCGAUGCUGUGAACACGGCGAGUCGAAUGGAGAGUAACAGCAAACCUGGAAAAGUGCACAUCUCGAGUGAAGCUAACCAACUGCUCACCGAGCUUGGAGGAUUUAUCACCGAACCCAGAGGGGAAGUUAUCGUUAAGGGUAAAGGAGUUAUGCAGACUUAUUGGCUUUUAUCAAUGCUGGAACACGGCGCACCAAAAUUAAAGAAAACUUAA